CUAACCUGUCUGUGUGUUUGAAAGCUGAGGCCUUAAGGAAGGCAUCGGAACACUUGCAGACGGCUGCAUCUGUAUGUACAAAAACUGAGUAUAGAAGUAGAGCUUCACUUUCAAAAUGAAGCUCCCUUGUAUGGUCUUGUUGUGCGUAUAAGUUACCUAAUGCUAAAGAAUGCAGAAAGAUGUAUCUGAUUUAAUUGCUUGUCUGUUUUAGCAUCCUUUCUUCUGGUUCUUUUCUUCUAAUGAAUCCCAGUUCUAACAUCUGUUCUGCUGUUCUUUAAUGUGUGACGUAACUUAGUGUAAGCUGGAUUGUUUUUAGAGUAAUUAGUUAUCGAGAUCUGUAAAGAUAGGGAAUUUAGUUCAGGUGGUUAUGGUCAGUAGGCAAUAGAACUUUCAAUUCAGGGCACUACACUGCUUUCAUGCACUCCUGUUAAGUUUCUAAGCAACAGGGCAUGGUGCGGAGAUAUCCUUCCCCAGUUUUGGUUUUGCUCUAGCAUAGUGCUUUUAGAAGUCUUGUAAUUUCCUGGAAGACAAAGCGUUACCUUUUGUGUCUGCAUAUGGGUUAGAUUCCUGCUCACUUAAUCGUCCUCCUUUACCUAGGGACUUAAUUUUUCAUAAUAAUCUCUCCCUUCAGGGAUUUGGCAAUUUCUUCUUUAAGGACUAGCUGUCUCUAAGUGUGCCAGUGAGUGCUGAUGAUCUGAAGGUCAGCCUGCUCAAGGUGCUUAAAAGGCAUUCCCAAGAGUUGCUUCUGGUCUUUCAGCGAGGCUGUGAUUUUUAACAGCCCAAAGCUGCAGAAGUUGAGAUACAUCCUGGUUCGUACAAAUACUUGAGUCCCGUGUUUCUCAGAAAUUAGCUUACAGUGUCUUAACAGAGCAUUGUCUCCUGAUGGAAGCCUUGUGUAAGAUGCGUUCAGUAUUUGACAAAGCACCUUUCCAGAUACGCUGCGGAUAUCAAGACAUUGCCACCUAACAUAAAGGAUAAACUAAUUAAAUUAAUGAGUAGACAAGGGCAAAUAACAGAUUCAAACAUCAGUGAGGUAUUGCACCCUGCUGUAGAGUCCCUAGACCUCCGAGAAUGUGAUAUUUCAGAUAAUGCAUUAUUGCAGCUUUAUAACUGCAAGCAGUUGAAAAAAAUCAACUUAAACUCUUGCAAAGAAAACAGACUGGGAAUCACUUCAGAAGGUGUCAUAGCCCUGGCCUUAUCCUGCCCUUACUUGCGUGAAGCGUCCUUUAAAAGAUGCUGCAAUAUAAGUGACAGUGGAGUUCUUGCUCUUGCACUCAAUUGCCAGUUCUUACAAAUACUGAACUUGGGCAGCUGCUCAGGCAUCAUGGAUGCAUCUCUGCAGGCACUAGGAGAAAACUGCAAAUUUCUUCACAGUGUGGACUUUUCAUCUACUCAGGUAACCGAUGAUGGUGUUAUAGCACUAGUGAGUGGAACGUGUUCAGAGAAUUUAAAGGAGAUCCACAUGGAACGCUGUGUGAAUCUGACCGAUGUUGCAGUAGAAGCGGUCCUUACUUGUUGUCCAAAGAUACACAUUUUUCUGUUCCAUGGAUGCCCAUUGAUAACAGAUCGUUCUCGAGAUGUUUUAGAGCAGCUCAUCAUCUCAAACAAAAUCAAACAAGUGACAUGGACCGUUUACUGACUAUUUUUUGUCUGCAUAUGUAUGAGUGUAAAGUUUACAGAUGGGAGAGCUGUUUCAGAAAACAGGCACCUCAAAGAAACAGUUGGUGACUUUUUGUACCUGUGGAUUGCUUCUCUCCUUCUUCCCACCAGAGGUCUCCAUUGCCAUUCCAGUCCUUGAAUGUGAGUCUGGGCUUCCCUAGUGUCUCUGCUUAGAGCCCUGUUUGUCUUCGCAGCGCUGACAGUAUUUCAUUAAGAGGAAAGUUAAAUUACAGUCAGCAUUACACUGUCAUCUCUCAGCCUCCUUGAACAAUCAGAUUUGGCCAUUAUUGAGCAUGUUUUAGCAUUUUAGCUGCUUAUACAAACCUGGUUUUACUAAGUCCCUGUUCUGAGUUUUUAAUCUCAGAGGGUAAUUGCAACUAAAAAUAUCAAACCUACGCAUAGUAUUAACAGUUAUGCAACACUGGGACUUUGACAAAGCCAGCAGACAGAACUGGUAAGUGGAAGUGUCAUUAACAGCAGUGCAAAUAUAUUUUAUGUAGUAACAGUCUCCUUUCACCAGGAACUUUUGCUUUGCGUGGAGGAAAACUGUAUGUACCUUUCAUUUGAUGUUAUUGAUGCUGUGGGUUUCGGCCUUUAUUUACCAUGAAAUAUUUACUGCAGUCUUACAUAUCCAAAAGUACAGUCUGAACAUGUAAACACAGAAGAAAAUUGGAAUUGCUGUAGUGCUUUAACAAAUCUCAGAAUAGUGCUGAUGACCGAUAAAAUAAUCUUAUAUGAUACUGGCUCUGGCUUCUGCCUAUUGCAAAAUCACUGGAGAGAACAAAACAUUGGUCUUGUAAGCAUAGGUGAGAGUGAAGUAAGACCGCAUUUAGCAUCAGAGCACGUGAAUCUCAAGACAGUAGAGUUCAGCAGAGUUUGUGUUCCGCUAUAUGUGGUUUAUUACCUCUCCUGUGGCCUCCAGAAGAUGAAAAUGUCUGUUUAUGUAUUGUUUGACUGUAGUCACUUUAAAAAAAUUCGAAAUAUAGAAUUGAUUACAUGACAGAAUAAUGGUUUCAUCAUAAUUACAAGUCAUGCUCACUGGCUUUGUUGAAGCAGUAUAACUUACAGUGAGACCUGUACGAUUUCUGCAUUAAACUUUUAAAAAUGCUAGUAACUUCAGCAAUGCAGAGAGCAGACAGCACACCAUGUUGAUACUCUACAUUUGGGAGUAGCAGGAUUUAGCUGGGGAGGUCUUACAUGGAUCCAAUGACUCUCAAAAAUGUAUCAGUUUAGGCAACAGUGAGGAGAGUUUAUUUUAUAAAUUAGCCCAUGCUAAUUUUAAAUGUCAUAGAAAUAAGAGUCUUCUACUAACCUAUUUAAAGUUCACGUCAAAUUGCAUAGAAGAUAAUGUGUUGCAUCCAGUACCGUAAAAGGAUAUUACAGUAUCUGACAAUUAUCUCUGCUCCUCUCUUGAUUGUAUGGCUUAUGGAAGAGCAAGUCCAUGUAGGAAACUUGUUCAUGUGUAACUUCAACUCUUUUUGCAAGAAGUAAUUUAUCUGCUGUGUCUGGUUUCAGGAAAGGUGCCGCAUUAGCUACCUUAAGUGGGAAGGGGUCCGAGGAGCCUCCUGCCCAAAGCAGGGCCAGCUUGGAGCUCAGCCAGCUUACUCAGGGCUUUCUCUGACCAAAUCUCUCAAGUGCUACAUUCAAAAAGAAAAUUAUAAAUGGAAACAUGUAAAGCAGCUUAAGGUGGAAGACCACCUAGGCCUGUAAAAGCAAAGGACACUUGUAGUGCUAGCCCUUUGCUAAUGUAACCUUGGAUUUGUCAUGUUAAAGGCAAAUGCAGCUUACACUGUCCUUAAAUGUGCAUGCAGAUUUACAGUGUUCUUCUGCAGUCUCUUGUAAAUGCGUAAUUUAGUGCUGUACCUCACCUAGUGCUUAAAAAAAAAAAAAAACAAAAAAAAAAGUACAGCAGUAAGAUGAGUAAUGCUGUAUUCUUAGGUUUGAAACUUUGAGAUUCAGUAAUUCCUUCACUUCCAGAGCUUAAGACUGCUCUACCAUAGGUUUGUUACUAGCAUCAUUCUACUGGAAUUGCUUUCGAUUCAGGUUGAGUCACAGUCAUUUUCAAAAAAACGUUUAAUAAGAGUGCAAGAGUGGAUCUGGAGAUGAACAUCGUGUAUGCAGUUACCAGCUCAUAUUGAUACUGUGCUUGGAUGUUACUGAUGUAAAUUCUUGGGUGAGCACUACAGAACAUUUGUGUAUUGUUUUGAAUGUUAAAGUCAGUAAGUCUUCUGUUUAGCUAUUUCUGAAAAACGUGUUAAGAUAGACUUUAUAACAUAUGAAUGUCAUAUUUGUAUGAGCGUUCAUAAACUUUCCACUUCAUAAACAGUC